ACGAAGACCGGAGAAAAAUUUCGUGGCUGAGUGACAAACGGACGGCUGAAAUUGGCCCCGGAAUAAAUUGUUGCAGGAUAAUAAAGUGAAAGUUGCGAGAGGUGUUGAAAUAAUAUGCUAACUUUAUUUGGGGUUUGAUUGCGAGCUAAUUGACUGCACUUGUGGGCGGAUCGGCAACAGACUCGCGUCGAAAAUCAUGGAGUUCCAAGAGUAAAAAUCAACCACGAUGACCAACAUCUACGUCAAGAAAAUCCUGGAUAAUCAGGAGACGGCGCGAAAGGCGGCCAAAGAAAAAUGCAUUUCGAUGUUCGGUCCAGGAGUCUUGCAAGAAUUUGCGGAACCAGUUUACAACGAGACCAACAAAACUCUGAAAUGCCCAGCCUUUUGGGACACGAUCCUUUGUUGGCCCGAUACUCCCUCUGGUACUGUCAUAAAUCAGUCGUGUCCGGUCUAUGUCGCUGGUUUUCUUGCGUCGAGUAAUGCGACGCGUCAGUGUAUGGAAAAUGGCAGUUGGUAUAUUAGGGAUAACAGGACCUGGAGCAAUUAUAGCAGUUGCUACAAGGAUAAAAUCACCACGAUUUACCUCGAUUUGAACAAGACCAACAUAUCAGGGGUUCUACAGAAUUACGCCCCAGUCGUCCAAGUCAUAUCAGAAACGGGAUAUAUUGUCUCGUUUGCCACUCUUAUCAUCGCCUUUGCUAUCAUGUUGUUUAUCAAGAAACUCCAUUGUGCCAGAAACAUUCUCCACAUGCACCUCUUCGCCUCCUUCAUUCUCCGAGCCCUUACGUUCAUCGUAAUCAAAAGCACUUUCGUCGAAGGGCUUGGUUUACCUUCAGAUCUCAAUUACCGGAACGGCUCUCUCUACUUCGACAUCAAUUCCGAGACCAAUAACUGGGCUUGCAAACUCCUGACGAGUCUGUGGCAGUACUUCAUCACAGCUAAUUACUCGUGGAUUUUGAUGGAAGGGCUGUAUUUGCAUAAUCUGAUCUUCAGGGCGCUUUUUGCAGACUCGAGUAACAGCAUUAAGUGGUAUGUUGUGAUGGGCUGGGGGCUGCCUUUGAUUAUCGUGGGGUUCUGGGUCGCUGCAAGACUUCUAGUUGAAGAUAAUCUCUGUUGGACCACGCAUGAAAAUUACGACGUGUUUUUGAUCAUUGGAAUACCCACCAUGGUGUCAAUUUUGAUCAAUUUGUUACUGUUUAUGCGGAUCUCCAUGGUACUUUACAGCAAAUUGCGAUCACCAAUUAAUGAAGACUCCAGGAGGUACCAAAAGUGGGUCAAGUCAACACUAGUCCUAGUACCUUUAUUUGGCGUCCACUACGCACUAUUCCUAGCACUGUACUAUUUGAUUAAAACCAACAAAAUCGUGGAAGUGGUUUGGCUUUUCUGCGACUUGUUGUUUGGCAGUUUCCAGGGCUUCUUUGUGGCCAUCCUUUACUGUUUCCUCAACGGCGAAGUGAAAUCAGAAAUCCAGCCACACCUCUACUACUUCUUGACUUACCUCGCCACUAACAAAUACUCCAAGUGCUUGUUUCCUUGCCGAAAGAAGUUCCUAAGAUCAGUUGUGGGCAGGUCCUCAGUUUGCACGACUAUGUCUUGUAGCUCUCUCUACACCAACGGCGUUUUGCACCGCAACAGCAAAUGCCGGCUGGAUUCUCUUCCAAAAAUCAAGACUACAGAUAAGCCAAAAGACCACUUUUGUAACAACACUUCGAGGAGGAAUUCCAGGUCGCAGCGACAUUCCCAAGCUUUCAACUCGUCUGCAACCAUUCCUACAGCAGAGACGACACUUUGCAUCGAAAACAACUCAGGGAAAUGUCGCUCCGAAUCGGAAAUCAACGAAGAAAGUCUCAAAAUGGUAGUGCACAGUGACUUCUAACUUGGAGUUGUUUCUUUUUUUGUGAUAUCUGUCGAUGUCAAUCAAUUUGUUUGAUGUAAUAUGAGGUGGUUCUAGUCGGUUUGACGUUCCGGAACGGAGAAAAGUGUGUAUUUUUUUAAACGUGGAUGUAAGUAAGACUGCUAAAAUGUUAAAUGUGAUGUUCAAGGUACACUUUUGUCACAUGUAUGAUUACAAUUUUUAAAUAAAAUGUUUCAUCUUA